CCACAAGAGGGAGCGGGAGGGAGAGAGGGAGAGGAGGCACCUGCUGCUUGCUGGUCGCGGGGGUUGCUGUCGCCGCCGCGGCGCUCAUCCCCUUUCGGCUGGAGGCGAGCCAGCCUCGUCGGUUCCCCCUCAUCCUGUAGCGGCGCAGCCCAGGGGAAGCUGCCCCGGCCGCCUCCUCCUCUCCUUUUGCGCGGCAGAGCGCGGAGUCGGGGGUCCCCACUCCUCCUGCUGCUGUCCCGCCAUGGGGUGCUCGAGCAGCGCUCAGACCCAAGUCAAAGACGGCAGCCGGCCGGCUUCCACGUCCCCGGACGCCAACGGUCUGAAGAAGUGCGAUGACAACUUACCCAUCACGAAAGAAAAUGACACAAUAUCUGACCAGUGCAAACUUGUUGCAAUAAAGAAAGCAGAGCUUGAACCUCAUGGAACAAAACUCAGUGAGGGUUUGGCCAAAGAGGAGGCAGAUGUUUUGAUUCCAGGAAUAACAAGUUGUGCCCUUUCUACCUGUCAGAGAGUAGACCCUGAAGGCACAGAGCCUCAGCCAGUGACACUGGAAGAGACAUUGGACAGUAGUGGACCUUUGUCUCCACCUCUUUUAGAAGCUGGUGAGCCUUUGCCUGUGGAACCAUCCAAGGAGGUUGUUCUUGAACCUUGGGAUGCCAGCGAAGCUGCUGACGGUUUGGUUCCUCAAACUAUACAUGACAGUAAGCCUGAAUCUGUUGAAUCGUCACAGCAUGACACACCUGAGCCUGUGGCAGAAGAAAGUGCUAAUCUUGUGAUGGAAAUUGUAAAGGAACUGCAAGUGGAUGAAGAGGAACAGCAAACUGAGGGUGAGACAGGAGAAAAGACGGAAACUGAGAUGCACCAUGAGAUAGUAAGUGCGGGCUCUGAAACAAAAGAAGAAGAAACGGGAGAAGUUACAGCACCAGCAGCAACAGAAGAGAUAGAAGCUACUAAUAACGAAGAGUGACUCAUGGCUUCUGACUGGACUUCAUUUUUGGCUGUGCAAAUAACAUUAAUACUGCAAUAUCUUGGUCUUUAUAACAGCUUGUAUGGACUUGCCACAAUGAUUGAACUCUAGGUGGAAAACAUUUUAAGGAUAGCAUUUCAGAACGUCACGUUGCCAAGACACCACUAUGGAAUUGCAAUGUUAAGCCUUCAGUUCUGCCAGAGUGACUCCUCCUGUCAACUUUAAAGAGAAUUAUGUGUUAUCAAAUAACUUUGCUUUUCAGCUAAAAAAUUACAUGUCAGGGCUCAUUUAGAACUACAUAAACAAUAUAAAGCAUGCAACUGGAUGCAGGUGACUUUACAUCUUGCAUUGAAUGCUGGAAAAAUCUGUAUGGUCUGAAGUAGGAUAGGAAUCAUUUUGUCUUCCAGCCAUACAUUAUUGGAUUGUACCAAUAAAAUAAUUCUGUGAAGUUAUCUAAUAAAUACAAACCUAUACUACUGGAACUUAAUACUGUUGCUACAGUAUAAUCUGAUAAAUGCAUCAGUUCACUUUAUCUGAAACUAAUAAAUAUAACCCUUGCAAUCCUGAAAACACUUGUGGAGUGAGAACUAGCAUGAAAUGAUGGAACUGUGAAGUUGUGCGAUAUGUCUGCUGAUGAAACAGAUAUCAUUUACCCUUUAAGAAUCAUUGGUUUUAAAGUAGUAUGCUAUACACACUAUACUUUACUGUCAUUGAGAUGGGUUGUAAAACUGUGAGAAAUGUUUAAUAUUAAAAAAAAUCAAGAUUCUAAUCAUUAAGUCAUAGUACUCUUGCCAACAUAUAUUACUGGUACCUAAGGAAUUACUUUCAAGUGAGUUACUGCUACUGCAGUAUAAUUAUACAUUUUUGGAAUGCUUUCUAGAUUUCCUAAGUAUGUGUGAAUUCUAUUUACUUUUACAAAUUAAUUUUGACUGUAAAUAUGAUAAAUGAAUCGUUCGGUGCUUUCAAGUGUUUCAAAGUUGAACAGUGAGAGAUUUCACAUUCAGGAAAUGUAUAGCCCGGUAAUCAUUCAGCAUGUGAUUCUACAGGACUUUUCUGUAUGCAACCAUUGAACAUGAUCAUCUUCACCCAUCUUGUGUCUGAGCCAGUGAAUCUUUAUUCUGCAUCAGCAGAGGUAGGAUAUGGUUGACUCAUAUGCAUUUUCAAAGUCUAUGAAAUGUAAUUGUAACCACCAAAAUAAAGAAAAUGCUU